CUUUUAAUCCACCUUCACUUCCACCUUUUCUUCCCUUGCGGAUAAUACACACAUCCUACCUGUCACCCGCGGUAGCAGGCAACACCACUAAAUGAUUGCACCGAAUUUUUCGGAGUUAACCAGCGGCUGUGUCGAGCAGGCCUGUCGCUCUAGCCUCUUCGACCUGCCCUCCGAGCUCAUCAUUGAAGUCCUCCGGAAUGUAGAUCAUUGCACAAUACUCAGGUGCUGCUCGGUUUGUCACCGGCUCAAGCACAUUAUAGACGAUGCUCUCGAGCUGCAAUACAUCAUCGAGCUCGCCCUCGACGGCAUGGUCGACGGCCCGCCCAGCACGCUCUCCCCGGGCGAGCGCCUGCUGCUUCUCCGGCGACGAAGACGCGCGUGGCACUUUCUCGAGUGGAGCAAGCAGCACAUCGUGCCCAUGCCCGGCUCAUGCCAGGCGUACGAGCUCGUCGGUGGCGUCUUCGCCAAGACGGCCAGCACGGACUUCAUCGUCGCGGGCUCGCGCCAUUUCAUGGCGACGUGGCUGCCCAGCACCGGCACGGGCGUCGCGGCCGGCGACGAGGGCCCAAGGACGCUCACGAGGGACGACAUCGGCAUCACGACGCGGGACUUUGCCAUUGAUCCGUCGCAGGACCUGAUCGUGUUCGUGAAAUCCGAUGAGCUCAACUUUGGGAUGCCAGACACGCUUACGCUUGUGCUGCGUGCGAUAUCUACGAACGAGCCGCACCCCGAAGCGCGUCUGCCGACGCUGACGUGCUCUGUCCAGUUUCCGCUCAAUAGCGCGUUUAUUCAGAUCGUCGAUGAUGUGGUCGGCAUGCUCUUUUACUCCGAGUUUGAGCGUGGACCACGCAUUGUGAUAUGGAACUGGCAUGACGGAAGCAUACUCGUUGACCGAAGCCACUACGACCUUCCACAUCUUACAUGGGACUUUUCCUUCCUCUCUUCACGCGCCUACAUCAUCACCUGCGCAGCCGGCCCAGGAUCGAUCGAGAUAUUCACAUUCGACGCACCAAACCCAUCACGCGUGCCCGUUCAUGUCGCAAAGCUCCAGCUUCCACCACUACAGCCUCGUGUGCAAGUCGUCGGCGUAACAGCGCACACCGGUCCAUUUGUCGCGCGUGUUCCUGCCGGCGUGCCAUUCGCCCCGAACAACGAUGAGCGGCUACAUGUCGUCUCGAUGCAGUACCGCACUCAGCCGCAGGACAUGCCGGGGUCGAUGCCACGAUUCUGUGUGGUAUUCAAGAAUAGUCUGCCGAUGGAGUACAUUCGGAAGUACCGCGAAGAGAAACUUCAGGAAUGCGCCACUGUGCUGUGGCACAGCUGGGGGCCGAUGAAGACGCGGUUCCUCCCGCAGCUGGCACCGUUCCAGUGGCUGCGGUACGUGCACGGCAUGCGCUGGGUCGUGCCCAUCUUGCCGGUGGCGGAACGAGGACACCGCGUGCAGGUGCUGGACUUUAACGUGAGGAACACGCGCCGGCAGGACUUUUUCGCGACGUCGUCCGCAAGUGGGGACGGAGAGUCCGGUUCGAGGUCAGCGCCUGCGUACAGCUCGCAUGUUGCACCGGCGUCUCCGUCCGAUUGUGGUAGUCCGUCGAGCUGCCAUGGGCCUCCGGCCAUGUCGCCGUCAGAGCUCGACAACGGGGUGCGGUCGGCGGGGGGAGCCCGGGUGACGGUCCACACGAACGUAGACCGGGUCGCGGAGAGCAUCUUUGUGACCCCCGUCGUCAGUUUCCUACCGUACAGACUAGCCGAGCCGACCGGGAUGGGGCCGUACUCUGGCGUGAUGAUUGACGAAGAGCGUCUGAUCGGGCUCGAGCAUCCCGCGUUUUCGAACGGGGACAUGAAGCACAUCCACGUGUUCACGAUGUAGGCGGACUGUGGGCUUUGUUUCGUCUGGGACUUGCGGUACGAUAGGGAUUUGGAAGACUGAGGCUAUUAAUCAGUGUACAUACAUCAAUUGUACUACACAAACUCUGCUUGAACUACUAGGAUUUGC